CUCGGAUCUCGUCGGAGUAGAGGGCCUCGCGGCUCGCUUCGGGGGCGAGAUGGAUCAUGUGGUCGGGGGCAAGUUCAAGCUCGGCAAGAAGAUCGGGAGUGGAUCGUUCGGGGAGCUCUUCCUCGCCGUGAAUGUGCAGACCGGGGAGGAGGUCGCCGUCAAGCUGGAAAAUGUCAAGACAAAGCACCCGCAGCUUCAUUACGAGUCCAAGCUAUACAUGCUUCUCCAAGGAGGAACUGGCAUUCCGCACCUCAAGUGGUUCGGCGUCGAGGGGGACUACAAUGUGAUGGUGAUCGACCUUCUCGGCCCUAGCCUUGAGGACUUGUUCAACUACUGCAGCAGAAAGUUCUCUCUGAAGACUGUGCUCAUGCUCGCUGACCAAAUGAUUAACCGGGUUGAGUACAUGCAUCAAAAGGGGUUUCUUCACCGUGAUAUAAAGCCUGAUAAUUUCCUCAUGGGGCUUGGUAGGAAAGCCAAUCAGGUAUAUAUAAUAGACUAUGGACUAGCGAAAAAAUAUAGGGACCUUCAAACUCAUAAGCACAUCCCGUACAGAGAGAACAAGAACCUCACUGGAACUGCACGAUAUGCAAGUGUCAACACCCACCUUGGUGUUGAGCAAAGCAGGCGAGAUGAUUUAGAAUCCCUCGGUUAUGUUCUUAUGUACUUCCUUAGGGGCAGCCUACCAUGGCAGGGGCUGAAGGCAGGAACCAAGAAGCAGAAAUAUGACAAGAUCAGCGAGAAAAAGAUGCUCACUCCUGUGGAGGUACUCUGCAAAUCGUACCCAUCAGAGUUCAUCUCCUACUUCCACUACUGCCGUUCGUUGCGGUUUGAAGACAAGCCUGACUAUUCUUACCUGAAGAGACUAUUCCGCGAUCUCUUUAUCCGGGAAGGAUACCAGUUCGACUACGUGUUUGACUGGACCAUUCUAAAGUAUCCUCAAAUAGGCUCCAACCCACGGACCAGGGCCGGUGAAAGAACUAGUGGCGCUGCUGGACCCUCAAUGGAUAGGAUUGAGAAGACCCCAGGAGAAGCGUCCGGUAGAAGGAACCCUAGUGGUCCUGUGAAUCAGAGCGACAGUUACGCGCAACGGCCACGCGAGACCGUAUCCAUGUCGCUAAAGGAGAUUAUGCAUAGCACUGACCGGUCUGGGGAAAGGACUGUGGAGAGACCACGCACGUCCUCACGCACAGGCAGCGCAUCCCGCAGAGCCGUUGCGUCAAGCAGCAGGCCAGCAACCUCGUCCAUGGAACCAAGCGAGCAGCAGUAUAGCCGGGCGAGCAGACUGUUCUCUAGCAACAGUGGCAGCCGGCCAUCCAGCGCCCAGAGAGUCAACCCUGCGCCGGGCGAGUCUAGGGCCACCUCCCUUUCGCGGGCAGCGGUCGCGAGAGGCUCCCGCGACGAGCCACUCCACCGCAGCCUGGAGCUCCUUUCCCUUGGCAGCGGCAAGAGGAAAUAGCGGGAAGGAAGCCGAUCUGAUAGCGGAAGGGAAAAGAAUGCCUGUUGGCGACUCUGUAAAUGACGGGGCAUGUCACCUGUUCUUCGCCAGCAGUUCUUCCCCUGGGGCAUCCCGUAAUUUCAUGGUGCCCGCCCCGGCCUUUUACCAUGGCUCCGUAGAUAGCAAUAAUUCGUUGUUGAAUGUGCGUGCUGUGUUGCAGUCGCGUUAGGGCCAAGUCCUAGCCUUUGUGGUGAUUAGAUUUAGGGGGUGGUCAAGAUUCACAUAUUUAUGUUUCUUAACCCUCUCCUGGACUUGGCGACUCUUUUUUUUACCCCCUCCCGAGACAAGUGCCCGUGCGUUUCUUGUUGAACUCUGAAUUUGCUUAUUCAACAGAAGUUGAUAAUGAUAAUAAAAGAAGAGGCAUCCUGUGU